GGAAUGAUAGUAAUAUACUAAGAAAUAUGAAUCUAUAGUAAGGAGAAGAGAAAAAACUUUGAUAUGAUAACCGCGCAAGAAGAAAACAAUAACCUUUCAAUCAUUACUGGGAAUGGUUUGCGCCGAUGUAAGGUUUUAUCCUUAACAAUAGCGAAAUUAUAUUUUGCGGAUGUCGAUCCUAAUAUUUGGCGUAACACUGGUUGGUGCGGCUAUCUUUCUUUGGUUCAAGAUUAUGAUAGAAGAUGCUAUUGCUUACGUUUAGUCGACUUUAAGGAUAAACGACUUGUUUGGGAACAGGAACUUUACUUGGAAAUGCAACUUAAGCAGUUAAAGGAAAAUUUUUACGUCUUUGCUGGGGAUACGUUUAUGUGUGGAUUAUCUUUUUGUUAUGAAAUCGAUCCUUCGGAAAUGGUUCAAAAAGUUUGCAAACUUUUGGAAAGGAGGAGGGCGAAGCUUCGAGGGGAAUCAGUAGUGGAAACCGAAAUUCCAGCUUCACGCCAAUUUACUACCGCCCCUAAAAAAAGUCCUGCACAGGAGCAACCACCGCCCGCCACUACCGUUAAAAGUAAAACUGAUUCCGGAAAAAGAGGAUUUUUUUCCUUGAAAAAAAAGAAACCCAAGACCGCUGCUGAGCACGCCACUGCUCCCUUGAUCAUCUCGGGGCCUUACGAAUUCCGACACGUAGCCCACGUCGGACCAACAAGCAUUAGUUUUCAAUCUUUACCGGAAAACUGGAAACAAGCGCUUUCACUUGUCGGUUUAACUCAGAAUGAUCUUCAAAACGAAAACGUAGCCGCUGCGCUCUCGGAUGCUAUGGCCAAGCACGGAGACACUCAAGCUACUCAGCCGGCUGCUCCCACCCCCGCGCAUGCCGCUCCUACUAGUACUUUGGAGUCACGUAGAACAGCAUCUCGCACACCCAGCCCCAGUCCCGCGCCUUCAGAUUUGGAUCGAGGUUCUGUAGAGGGCUUUCCUGCGCCUCCACCGCCACCGCCUCCUCCUCCACCGCCAUCGCUGCCCUCUGCAAAACACGAUUCGGAAGCAGACGUCCCUGCCCCUAGAGAGCCAGACUCUGAAAGGGAUUUACUAAGUGAGAUUCGCACGGGGUUCAAGCUAAAAAAAGUGGAAGACAACCCCCCGCCUAGCCCUCAGCCGCAGCAAAACGAAGAAGUCAAGGACAUGGCCUCUCUCUUCCUCCGCGUGUUGGACGAGAGAAAGGUUGCCUUGGGCGGCUCAUCUGGAGAGGAAGACGAGGACGAUAACGCUUCUGAUUGGUCGGACUGAUGAGCUUUAGAUUCUUCCGGAUAUAAAACUUUAGGUGUGUGCGGACUUUUUUAUGUAUAUAAAAAAAAAAAUUUAAUAA